GGCAGCGUUACCUAGCAACGGGACAGUUUCCGCCCGUAAACUUUCUGUGAUUUUUCCAGAAACGAUGCCCAAAAAUACAGGCAAGAAAAGCGGUAAAAAUGACAGUAAAGCCAAGAAGAAGUCGAGUUCUGUGACUCGGGAGGAAAAAAGCGUUUCGGACGAGACAGAAAAGGGUUUCUUUCUGGCUCAGAUCGAAUAUUUGACCGUGGAGUCGGAAAAGUUUCAGAAGAAAUGCGAGGAGCUCGAGAAGCAGAACCAACUUUUAAUCUCUCAGUUUAGCUCACUGAGAAACGAGAAGAAGGACAUCACAGAUUAUCUGAAACACUCCCUUCUGGAGAAGGAGGAGGAGCUGGAUCGGCUGUCCGAGCGGCUGCAGAAUCAGCGGGAAGCUGCGGAUCAGAACCGGAGCGCUCAGCAGCUAAAACACGAUCAGCUGAUGGCGGCGCUCCAAGAACAAAUUCGGGAACUCCAGGAACAGAACAGGAAGCUUGUCGGAAAUCUAACAGAUCUGGACGAGUUUGAGAGGCAGAAAGAGGAUCUGAUGACCAACUUGGAUCAUCUGGAGAAGAAGCUGGAGCAUCAGGAGGAGGAGCAUAGAAACCAGAUCCAUGACCUGGAGAUGAAACUUCUGCUGGAGAAGAAAAGACUCGGGGAGGAAAUGGAGACUUGCACCUUGGCCAUGGAAGCAAAGGUUCAGCACCUGGUGGACCAGAACCUCCCUGAGAGGGCCCGGUCGGUGCUGCAGGAGAACGCAGAGAUGAAAGCCUGCUUCAGCAAGCUGUCUGAGCAGUUCAAGGUUCUGAUGGAGGAGAACUCCGCCCUGCGGGAGCGGAAGCAUCAGCUGAGCAUUGAUGUGGAAAUCCAGGAGGAAAUGAUCCGUGAGAUGUCCAGGAUGAGCUGCCUCCAGAGGAAGCAGGUGCAGCAGCUUCAGGAGGAGCUGAAGAACAAACACCAGAACCUGGAGCAGCUGCAGAAGGAACACUCCCAGGUUCUGGCUGAGAUGGAGGCUCUCAGAGCGGAAAACCCAGAUCCAGGAUCCACUUCCAAGAUUCAGCAGGAAUACCACAGAGCAGGUGGCACCAGCUCCGUGUCCCGCCCAACACCUAAACCCAAAAGCACGUCCUGCAGGACCAGAGCAGGAUCCAGCCACACCUCUGUUCCUCAUUACAGGAAACCCGUCAGCCAGGAAUCAUCCAUGAAGCAAAGCCGCUCCGCCACGGGAUUUCUGACAUCCCAACAGUUAUUCAACAAACUCAGCUGGUCCUGAUGCGAUCGUUCAUUCCCAUCCAUCCAUCCAUCCCUCCCUCCCUC